ACACAGAUUGAAAUGAGAAAAGGUACAGCUAAGACACAAAUCGAUGCAAUUAAGACUUUGACUUCAGUCCGCAAAACUCAAAUCAGAAAAACCACCGGAAAAUUCAACCUCAGGACGGUUCCAAUUCCGAUUCACCGCUUGUCUACAAUGCAUCAGAUGACGUCCUUCUCCCUCAGGUUUGUUGUAGAGUUUUGGUUGCUUUGAGAUGGUGGGGUCUGAGAAAGAAAAUGGUUCUUCACCAGCACCACCGUCACAGAAGGCGGAAGUGAAGAAGAAGUAUGGUGUCAUGAACCCAAUAUCAUAUGCGGGACCCACUGAGGCUGACCUUCACAGGAAUUCACUCUUGGAAAAGCUUUUGAUGGAGUCAGGGAUAUAUGAGAGCAUGGAAGAAACCGCAAGGAGAGAAGAGGUUCUUCGUCGUCUGGAUCAGAUUAUUAAAGAUUGGGUGAAGCAGUUAACACGCCAAAAAGGGUACACAGAAAAAAUGGUUGAGGAGGCAAAUGGUAUUGUACGUACCUUUGGGUCUUAUCGCCUAGGGGUACAUGGUCCUAAUGCUGAUAUUGAUACACUAUGCAUUGGGCCCUCAUAUGUGACUCGAGAGCAUGAUUUUUUUGUUAUAUUGCAUAAUAUUCUGUUGGAGAUGGAAGAAGUAUCAGAUCUUCAGCCAGUUAAUGAUGCACAUGUUCCUGUGAUGAAGUUCAAAUUCCAAGGAAUAUCCAUUGAUCUUCUUUAUGCCAGUGUAUCUCUAUUGAUUGUUCCAGAAGAUUUGGACAUCUCUCAAAAUUCUGUGUUGUACAACACUGAUGAGAAAACGGUUCGAAGUCUUAAUGGAUGUCGGGUUGCUGAUCAAAUACUUAAACUUGUUCCAAAUGUAGAGAACUUCUGCACCACACUUAGAUGCUUAAAGUUUUGGGCUAAGAGGCGUGGCGUUUAUUCUAAUGUUACUGGAUUUCUUGGUGGAGUGAAUUGGGCUCUUUUAGUUGCUCAGGUAUGCCAGCUUUAUCCCAAUGCAAUACCUAGUAUGCUGGUUUCCCGUUUUUUCAGAGUCUAUACCAACUGGCGUUGGCCAAACCCUGUCAUGCUAUGCCCAAUCGAAGAGGAUGAUCUUGGAUUUAACGUGUGGGACCCACGGAAAUGGUCCCGUGAUCGAACCCAUCUCAUGCCCAUCAUCACUCCCGCAUACCCAUGCAUGAACUCUAGCUACAAUGUUUCCGCAAGUACCCUUCGUGUUAUGGUGGAGCAGUUCCUUUUCGGAAAUAAGGUUUGCGAGGAGAUUGAGUUGAACAAAGCAAACUGGAGCUGUCUGUUUGAGCCUUCUCUUUUUUUCGAGUCGUAUAAAAACUACUUGCAGGUAGACAUUGUAGCUGCAGAUGCGGAUGAUCUUCUUGCAUGGAGGGGAUGGGUGGAAUCCCGCCUUAGAUUACUUACUUUGAAGAUCGAACGUGAUACAGACGGGAUGUUACAAUGCCACCCUUUCCCAAACGAAUACAUCGAUACAUCAAAACCAUGUGCCCAUUGUGCUUUUUUUAUGGGUCUUCAAAGGCAACCUGGAGUCAAAGUUCAAGAAGGUCAACAAUUUGAUAUCCGGGCAACCGUAGAUGAGUUUAAGCAAGGGGUAAACAGUUACAACCUUUGGAGACCUGGAAUGGACAUUUUUGUGUCUCAUGUACGUAGGAGACAACUUCCUUCAUACAUUUUUCCUGAAGGGUAUAAACGUCAAAGACAAUUAAGGCAUACUACUGCUACUCCUGAAGGCUCAAGCUCUCCUUCAUCUGAGAAGCGUUUCAAGAGGAAACAUGAUGCUUCUUCUGGACAUGGAAAACCAAAGAAAACGUCUUUUGGGAGCCCGGAAUGUGUGGGGAUUGGAGGGAGUAGCAUUCCGGUGAACUCCGGAAUUGAAGAUCUUGCUUGUGAGUCUUCAAUUACACAAAAGGUGGUAUUGGAGUCCGAAGAUGGAGCAAAUCCCGAAUCAAUGCAGCCAUCUGCAAUAAGGUUGAGCCUGGAAUCAACGGCUUAAAUUAUUGAGAGCGGAAGUGUGACCUUUUAGUAUUGACAACUUGGGAGUAGUAGUAUGUAAUUUACCAAAAAUGAGGGCUUGUUCUUUAAAUUUUAAAUUUUAAACCUUGCAACUUUUUUUUUUCUUUCUUUCUUUUGUUAUGGUUUUGGAAUGUAAUGGAUUGAAUCGUGUUUAUCGUAGAAAAUGUUAUUAUCACA